AUGGCGGGAAUGUCUGCGAAUGCAAUCAUAUCGAAGAGCGGGAGGGUGUAUCCUCCUUUAUCAAGACCAUCGACUGCUUCGAACGCAAACGUGUGGCGUCCAAGUACUUCAGCGACAGGAAGGUCGUCACUCAGUGAAUAUGAUUGGCAGUCUACGAUACCCCGGAACACCAGAUAUAGCGACGUGAAAGCGAAAGUACAAAGCGGGAAGACCAACAAAUCGGUCGAAGAAAGUUUUGGCUUGGUGUCAGCAAGGUACAAAAGAAGAGAGCCUUUCAAACGUGUCAAGGCAUCGAAGCUGGUAGAGCAGAUAACGUUGGGCUCCAUGGACGAUGUUUUGAUUCUGGACCUGAGGAGUCAGGAAGAGUUCGAUUCCUUUCGUAUCAAGGGAGCUCGAUCGUUUCCAGCGUCGAUGAUGUCGAGGAGUAUGUAUCAGUUUACGCCAGAAAUCAUGCAGUUCAAGAAUAAGGACGGAAAGCUCAUGGUUCUGUAUGACCUUGAGGAAAGAAUUUCUGUAGCGAUAGGAAACCUGUGGUACGAGAAAGGAAUCGACAACUUCGUCAUCUUGACUGGGGGGAUUGCCGCUAUUGUGGAAUCGGAUCCAUCAGUGAUUGAGGGAGAUGUGCCUCAAGAACUCUUGAACAAGUUGCGCAAGGGCAAGACAGAAAGAUCAGACAGGUCGAGAAAAUCUCCUCAGAAGCCCUUCAUCUCGAAAUCUGCUGCUGGUGCUGCCAGCGCCGUGUUCGCUCCUGCCUUAUCCGUCCCAAGGCCCGUAGGGUGGUCAGCCUUGAGGCAGCCCAGCACAAUAUAUCAAGAUUCGUUCUCAGCUUCCUACGAACAACCCCUUCCUCACUCUUACAGCGACAUGCGCUGA